AUGGGGAGUGGCGAUGGCUCGGUGCAACCGCCGCUGUCACAGGCGGUCGGAUAUGUGAUUGUGGUCGUCGUUGGUCUAAUCAUUGCUUUUGUAAUGAUGCUCAUCACCAAGGUCUUAAAGAAAACAACGGGAGAGGAUAAUAAAAAAACUGAAAUGUUCAUGACGGCCAAUCGAACUGUUCGAGCUGGUUUAACAGCAUCUGCCGUAAUCUCUUCCUGGCUUUGGACAACAGCGAUGCUAGGAUCCUCAUUUGUCGGGUAUGACUAUGGUGUCGCAGGGCCGUUUUGGUUCGCUGCUGGAUGCAGCCCGAUGAUUGUCUUCUUCGCCUUGCUGGGAAUAUCCUGCAAACGAAAGAUCCCCGAAGCGCAUACCUCCCUUGAGGUAGUCCGAAUUCGAUACGGGCGUACCGCCCAUAUUGUAUUCAUGACACUUUGUCUGGUCAACAAUAUCUUCGCCUGUGCUAACAUGCUCCUCGGAGCCGCUGCUGUCAUUUCGGCUGUGACUGGAAUGCACAUCAUCGCCGCCACCUUCCUCUUGCCCGUUGGUGUGACUGUGUACACCUUUGUUGGCGGAAUUAAAGCUACAUUCCUGACCGAUUACUUCCACACGGCCAUAAUUCUCAUUAUUUCGUGCUACUUCUCCGUCAAAGCGUUCACGAUUGACGAAAUUGGCUCUAUCGGCAAGCUAUACGACCUGGUGCAAGCCGCCGCCCAGAGGCACCCUGUUUCUGGGAAUCACGAUGGAACAUACUUGACAAUGACGUCCAAAGGAGCGAUGCUUUUCGGAAUUCUUCACAUUUGCUCCAAUUUUGGCCUUGUAAUUAUGGACACGAGCUACUUCAUCAAAGCAUUUUCGGCUGCCCCUUCAUCAGUAGUUCCUGGGUAUACAAUCGGGGGAGUUUCGUAUUUCGCUAUCCCUUGGGCGCUUGGAACCAUUAUGAGCUCGGUGGCCAUCGGGCUUGAGAACCAGCCGUCCUUUCCCACGUAUCCUAGGCGAAUGACAUCAAGCGAGGUUAGUGGAGGACUUGUCUUACCUUAUGCCGCCAUGACCAUCGCCGGUAAAGGCGGCGCCGCUGCGAUUCUUCUUAUCACAUUCAUGGCCGUGACAUCGACGCUAUCCGCGCAAGUCAUUGCAGUGAGCUCAAUUCUCAGUUUCGACGUGUACCGUGAAUACUUCAAGCGCAAUGCAUCCGAUCGUGACAUUAUUCGCUCGAGUCACUUCGGUGUGAUCUUCUUUGCCGCAUUCUCUGCCGGAUUUAGUACGAUGCUUCAUUACGUUGGCAUUGAUCUAGGCUGGACUUUAUACAUGCUAGGAGUUGUAACAUGUCCCGGCAUCUUCCCGAUGGCGUUUACCAUCCUCUGGCGCCGCCAAAGCAAAGCUGCUGCUAUACUUUCCCCCGUUCUGGGACUGGCUACGGGUAUUGCCGUGUGGCUUGGGACUGCACAACGCUUCUACGGAUCUGUGUCUGUCUCUGCGACAGGGCAAAUCCUCCCAUGUGUAUACGGAACCGUUGCGUCUGCAUUCUCGCCGAUUCUAUACUCAGUUGCUAUCACCCUUCUUCGCCCGCAGAACUACGACUGGAAUGAGUUCAAGAAGGAAAAGCUCGCACUCGAAAAGCUUGAAAGCGAGUUUACAACAGUACACAGACACGACAAAGACACCCGACCUGAGAGUCGCUUAGAGGAAGGUCAGCAAAAGUCCUCUGCGUUCGAUGCCCAAGACUUGAAGCGAUGGGGUCAGAUUGCGGCUUUCUGGUCAAUCGCGACAUUCCUGGGGCAUUGGGUUAUUUGGCCCCUGCCGAUGUACGGUUCGAAAUAUGUGUUUGGAAAGGGGUUCUUCUCGGCUUGGGUGGUCGUUGCUAUCAUCUGGCUCUGGUUAACAAUGCUAGUCGCUAUCUUCUACCCUAUCUUCGACGGGGGUAUUCAACAGAUCACGCAAGUCUAUCAAGGGUUACGUCAGAGUAGAACAACAAGUAAGUCAGUCGAGGACGAGACCCCAUCCUCUCCUUCAAUAAGCGGCGCGGUGCAAGAAGAGGGAAUGAGAGAAGACCACAAUUAAAGCUCGCCAGGGAUGGGACACAUAGAUAUUUCGUUCCUCUUCGGAUCAAGCUUCAAUACUUCCUACAGUCGUUCUUACAGAUACAUAGUACCUAAGUCACA